AUGGUCAAGCCCGAAAACAUCACCAUCAGCGGCAUGGUCUUCUUUGGCCGUCGCGAUCGCGUUCGAACCCUGCAUUGCUAUCUCGAGAAAAAUCUCGUCGACAACGGUGGAUGGCUGGAUGAGGUGCGCUUCUUCGCCAACACCAAAGACGAGAAAGACUUGGCUUUCCUGGACACCAUCAUCCAACGAUCACCCCGAUACAAGAAAAUCACCCUCGAGAAGACAGUCUGGUGGCCGGAACACACCAAACUCUGGCGCCAGGUCGAGCGAGGGACCAUGUAUAUCAAACUGGACGACGAUAUCAUGUGGCUCGCGGACGAUACCAUUCCGCUGCUCGUCACCACCAAGCUGAAGAAUCCUGACUUCCUCGCCGUCUCGGCCAAUGUGAUAAACGGCCCUCCCCUAAGUUUUCUCCACUAUCACCAUGAUGCUCUUCACCCGUACUUUCCGGAGUUGCCGGACGUCGUCAACGAGACCAAGGCCGCCCAGCCCGCCGAGAACCAGCCUAAGAAACGCGACCUCCCCUCAUGGCGCCCAUCCAACCACCCAUUCUGGAACGGACCCCAAAACUUCGAAUGGCCUCUAACAAAUCCUCCGCCAAGCGACAACCAUCGCUGGUUACGUGUUGAAGACGACAAGGCGCUCAACCGCACUCCUGUUUCGAAACUCAAGUAUGAUUUCUGGGGGCCCACUUAUGAGUCUUGGGCGAUUGCCGCUCAGCAACACUACUCGCUGCUUGAAAACAUCGAGAAGAAUACCCUCGACAACUAUAAAUUUACUCCGCCCUGGAACAUGCGUGGGGAGCGUAUUCGUAUCAACGCCCUCGCAAUCCUUGGAGAUGACGUUCUCGACACCGAUGUGAACAACUGGCCAAAGGAUAGAGGCGAUGAGGAUAUGAUCGUGUUGGACCUGCCAAAACAACUUAAUAGACACAUCCUCAUUGAAGGCCGAGCCUUGGCUGCCCAUUACAAUUUCAUGCAUCAAAAACUUCUCACCAAGACGGAUCUUCUCGAUAGAUAUUUCUCGUACGCACUGGACCAGGUGUGCAAACAACCGUUCGUACAUGUAUAG